CCGGGAGGCAGUCUAUCGCAGCUAUUGAGGUCCAAAUGGGGACCACUUAAGGACAACGAACCCACCAUUUCUUUCUAUACGCGACAAAUACUGGAAGGUUUGAAGUAUUUACACGACCAGAAGAUUGUGCACCGGGAUAUCAAAGGGGAUAACGUUCUCGUCAAUACUUACACCGGAAUACUCAAAAUAUCAGACUUCGGUACGUCCAAGAGGUUGGCCGGUAUUAACCCACACACCGAGACCUUUGCCGGAACCUUCCAAUACAUGGCUCCCGAAGUCAUAGAUCAGGGACAGAGAGGUUAUGGCGCACCGGCAGAUAUAUGGUCUCUGGGCUGCACUAUUGUUGAGAUGGCAACCGGAAAGACACCAUUCAUAGAGUUAGGGUCGGGUCAGGAGAUUAUAUUCAAAGUAGGCUUCUAUAAAGAGCACCCGCAGAUCCCGCCCUCGAUGUCAGAAAAGGCCCAGAAGUUUAUCCUCCGGUGCUUUAUUCCCGAUCCCUUCGAAAGAGCCACUGCUUCACAACUACUCGACGAUAUAUUUCUAGACACCGGU